AUGCCAAAUCUAAGCCUUGGAGUGCUCUCUGAGCUCACGCACACCCGCUAUGUUAUCCAUUUGUCGGAUGGGAAGCGCCUAGUGCUCUUCCGGCUACCCUCCAUCGACACUGCGGGACGAAGCAGAGCGAAUAACGAGAGCAGAGAUGGGUGGUCCUACUACGCCAUGGAAGCAGAGUGUCCGCAUGCAGGCGGUCCUAUGGAAGCUGCGCAGAUUGACAUUGAGGACUCCGCGUAUAUCGCCUCUUGCCCAUGGCACGCGUAUGACUUCAAUGUGGAGACGGGCGAAUCGAGCGUCGGCAUCAAGGCGUGCACGUUCCCGGUUGACGUCCAAGAGGACGCGGUCAUUCUGAACUACCCGGAAAAUGUGUCAAUCGCAAAGUUGGAACCUGUCAGCGAGAAGAUCAAGUUGAAGACGCCGUGCUCAGAGCCCACGGCUCCAGCCGACACUGUUCCGACACCGUUAACUGCCGCGCAAUAUCUUGACGAUGAUGCGACGCUCUGUGACUGGUGCACCCACAUCCUGAAUACCUCGAACUCUGAACACAAGAUUGAACUCACUGCUCACCUCUUCUCAACCUUCACCAAGCGGGAGGGAACUUCUUCACCGAUGACAAUCACUCGGGGAGGUCCUGCAUCGCUUCCUCCUACACCACCGCGGGAGAAGAGCCUCGUAGAAGUCCGACCCGGCGCCAUGCCAAAGCCAGGAAGAGGAGGAAGUCUGAAGAGCAGAAUCGCCAUGCUGCAUGCUCUGGCCAACAUUGAGCAAUGGGCCAUUGACCUGGCUAUCGAUAUCUGUGUGCGUUUCGCUGAAUUCCAAACCAGCCCAGACGCGCCAGAAUCUGCACGGCAACUGCCUCGAACCUUCUUCCACGAUUGGCUCAAGGUAGCCAACGACGAGGCGAAGCAUUUCUCGUUACUCCGUACUCGCCUGGAGGAAAUGGGCUCCUACUUCGGCGCUCUUCCAGUUCAUCACGGUCUUUGGGAGUCGGCCACCAAGACGGCACACGAUCUGCGCGCGCGAAUCAGCAUCAUCGCGCUCGUCCAUGAAGCUCGCGGGCUUGAUGUCAAUCCGAUGACCAUCGCCAAGUUUCGCAAUGCACGUGAUGCCGAAAGCGUUGAGGCUCUUGAAAUCAUACACAACGAUGAGAUUACGCAUGUCACGACCGGUCAUAGAUGGCUUGCGUGGAUCUGCCAGCAAGAGAAGACCGAUCCGGUCGAAGUGUUCCGCUCGAACGUACGCAAGUACUUCGUUGGAGGUCUCAAAGAGCCUUUCAACAGGGAUGCGCGGGCCAUGGCCGGGAUGGACGGGCGAUAUUAUGACAACUUGGUGUACUGA